AGCGGUUUGGAAUUGGUGGUAUUCAUGACAACUCAUCAGCGAUUAAGUCGGGCUGACUUCCGCCGCUCUAAUAAUGUCUCUGAGCAAGUACAGGUUUGUGUACGACUGCGCCCAGGUGUGGGAACUGGACAAGGUCAAGAAGCUCCAUGUGUACGAGGUGUGGACUCUCGUUCCUUGGAAAUUCUCAAUUGGAGAAAUGAGAUGGAGACUAUGAAAUACAAGUUUGAUGCGUUUUAUGGCGAGGCAGCCACCCAACAUGAUGUCUACAUGGGGUCAGUCAAGCCUGUCUUGCACCAUCUGCUGAUGGGGCAGAAUGCUAGCAUAUUGGCUUAUGGACCAACUGGAGCAGGCAAGACAUACACCAUGCUGGGAAAUCCAGAUCACCCAGGGGUGAUCCCUCGAGCUGUUCGAGACGUCUUGCAGAUGACAAGGGAUGCUUCAGAAGAUAAAUGCAAAUACUCUGUCUCUAUGUCCUAUCUGGAAAUCUAUCAAGAAAAGGUUUUGGACCUUCUUCAGCCCACCCUCCGAGACCUGCCCAUCAGAGAGGAUCGUAACCACAACAUCCUGGUUCCAGACUUGACCCAGAGAGAGCUCACUAGCUUUGCAGACUUUGAAAGCUAUUUUCUGCCGGCAAGCAGAAAACGAACGGUGGCGUCGACUCAGCUGAACCAGCGCUCCAGUCGCAGUCAUGCUGUGUUGCUGGUUCUGGUGAACCAGAUCCGGGACUGGCCCACAUAUUCUCACCAGACUGCGAAGCUGUGCCUCAUCGACUUAGCCGGCUCCGAGGACAAUCGAAAAACGGGCAACAAAGGCCUACGCCUGAAAGAGAGCGGAGCUAUCAACAGCUCCCUCUUUGUGCUCAGUAAGGUGGUUGAUGCCCUUAACCAGGGUUUGCCUCGAGUUCCCUAUAGAGACAGCAAGCUGACCCGCCUGCUGCAGGACUCUCUGGGAGGCAGUGCCCACAGCUUGAUUAUUGCAAACAUCGCUCCAGAGAAGAAGUAUUAUUUUGACACCCUCACAAGCCUCAACUUUGCUGCAAAGUCCAAACAAGUUGUGAAUAAACCCUUCACCCAGAAAGCCUUACCCCACACCGGUAAUCCACGGAGGCCUUGUCCAGGCUUCAGAGACGCAGGCCCUGAGGCCAAGAGGCCUUGCCUCCAAGAAGAACAGCCAGGGACACCUGAAGAGAAGCCGCUCAGUUCUUUGCUGCCUCUUGAGGAUCUUGACCCCAAUUUGGCUGAACGAUUGCUAAGAUUAGAGGCCCUAGAGAAAGGAAACUAUGGGAGCCAGAGGUUACCUUUCCUUAACACACCACGCAGGGAACGGCUGAAUGUCCUGAAACUCCUGGAUGAGACACGCCGUGAGCUGAAGAAAGUUAAAGAAAAGCAGUUAGAAAUGGAAGCCCAGACUCUGAAAAAUAAUAAAGGCGUGCUUUUCCCCCAAGCUGCAAAACCCCGAAAACAGGCCACCGUACUGCCCCUCCAACAAGUGCAAACACCUGUCAAGAGUCAAGAAGAAGAGGAGGGUGUUGUUAGGAAACAGAAGACCAGAGGCCGAAAGAAGAUUUUAGAUUUCGACUCUGAAAACAAGGUUCCCAUUGAGUUUGAGAUGAAGAUCCAUCCAGAUCAGCUGGCUCUUAGCAAAGCUAAUAUUCUGUCCCUCAUGAACUCAGGUUCCGUGAAGGAUCUUAUGGGCCUGCACCUCAUUGGCAAGAAAAAGGCCCAGCUCAUUGUGAGCUGGAGAGAAAAUUAUGGAUCUUUUGAGAAGGUACAGGAUCUUGAGAAAAUCCAUGGUAUUACAGCUAAACAAGUAGACUCUUUUAUGGAGGCAAAUAUCUUCAAAUGUCUUCGAAAACUUCAGUAACUGGACUGGCACUGAAACAGCAUCUCCCAUACCAGGAUUUUUUAAUUAACAUUGCUCAUGUGUUCAUUUUUAUUUAACUAAUACAGGUACUCAGCCUUCCGAGGUCAGUAAUAUGAGGAUCCAGAUUGUUUGGGGGGGGUGUAAUAUGCUGACUCUAAACCACUUCAAGAAGGCUGUAUUGCAUCUAUUGGUAUUGCUAUAUUAGAAGUUAAAAUCUCAGAACAAUAUUUUUAAUGAUUACAUUGCUCAUCCUUGGCCCUUCACUGUAAACAAUCCAGCAUUCACAACUAUCAAGGUAUCAGCGUAAAGGAGAUGGGAGUAUUUUUGGUAAAGAAUAAGGGGAAAUUAUUAGUUUUUAAAUUUUGGACAGUAUUGUCUCAAACCAUUUUUUCAGUUUCCUUGGUGUUUGUCAAAAGUUCUGAUUUUAAGCUAAUUUGGAAUAUUAUUCUAUAGGUCUGUAUACAUUUUCCAUCCUAUAUUAAAAUUUGGGUGUAACCA